AUGAAUGAGACACAAUCUCUGGUUUCAAAAUCUCUAGAAAAUGAAAAAUUAUUCCAGAGAUUAGAUAUACCUUCGAAGUCUAUGUUCUUCAAGACCAUAGAAAGGUAUUUAAUUAACACAGAAAAAAAAGCACAAGCUAGACAGUCCCAACAUACCUUCUCCAUUAACCACAGUAACAAACCUCACAAAUAUCCAUCUUACCAUAAGGGAUGGUUUGAGAGUGAUGAGGUUUUUCUUUCAGAAAUAACUUUGGCUAUCAUCCUGACUCUACUGGGGCUUGCCAUUCUGGUUAUUUUACUAACAAGAUGGACACGACGCAAGCAAAAUGACAUUGAAGUCUCAAGAUACAGUUCAGAACAAAGUGGUCUUCUGGAUUACGAGGAUGGUAGAGCAUUUUCCUCUCAGAAAUCCAAAAGAGGAAGAGGGUACCGACACACAUAUUCAACAGAGAGCGACACUUCAUACGAUGAAAGAGCAAUAUCUCGAUCAAGUAUUGCUGGCGCUGCAGGACCUAUCACUGGAGCUAUUGGACCCAUAAUGCAAUUCACAGCACCUAUUCCUGGAGCUACAGGGCCUAUCAAGCUCUCUCAAAAAACCAUUGUGCAAACUCCAGGACCUAUUGUUACUCGAAUACCUGUUGCAAUUGCUCCAGUAGCAACCGCACUGUCUCCUAUGGUUAUAUUUCCAGGUUACAUGGAUGGAGAACUUGCAAAAAUAUCAGAUCCUAAAGCCCACAUUCUAAAAACUGGAGGCAUUACAGGGGCUCAGAGUAGCCAAGAAGAAAGUAAGAAAACAUCAAUAAAAGAAGUCACAAUUGUAGAUUCUGAGGGAUCGGCGUCAAGAAGCAAAAAAGUACCAAAAGGAAAAGCAAAAAGCACUGAGUUGGGGCAAGACAAGACAGAAGUGGAGAUCAAGGUAAAGGAGGAUGACAUUGAAAUACCAAAAGGACAGGAAGCCCAAGCAGAAGACAGUGACAAUGAAAUAUUAGAACAACAGGAAUCCCAGGUCAAGAAGAGUGACGCCGGAAUACUGAAAAGGCAGGAAUCCCAGGUCAAGAAGAGUGACGCCGGAAUUCCGAAAGGACAGGAAUCCCAGGUCAAGAAGAGUGACGCCGGAAUACUGAAAAGGCAGGAAUCCCAGGUCAAGAUGAGUGAUACUGGAAUUCCAAAAGGACAGGAAUUCCAGGUCAAGAAGAGUGAUGCUGGAAUUCCAGAAGGACAGGAAUCCCAGGUCAAGAAGAGUGACACCGGAAUACUAAAAGGACAGGAAUCCCAGGUCAAGAAGAGUGAUGCUGGAAUUCCAGAAGGACAGGAAUUCCAGGUCAAGAAGAGUGAUGCUGGAAUUCCAGAAGGACAGGAAUCCCAGGUCAAGAAGAGUGACGCCAGAAUACUAAAAGGACAGGAAUUCCAGGUCAAGAAGAGUGAUGCUGGAAUUCCAAAAGGACAGGAAUUCCAGGUCAAGAAGAGUGACACUGGAAUGCCAAAAGGACAAGCAGGAAAAGCAAAGAAGGGUGAUGCUGGAAUACCAAAAGCACCAGAAGCCCAAGCAAAGAAGAGCAACGCAUCAAUACUAAAAGCACCAGAAGCCCAAGCAAAGAAGGAUAAAGGAAAGGCAGACAAGGAAAAGAAGAAAGAUCUCAGACUCCAGAAACCACACGAACUAUAUCAGUACAAACUAGAAAUAGCUCAGAACAAACCAUUAAGACUCCAGAAUCCAUCCGAAUUAUAUCAGGACAAACCAUUGAGACUCCACAAUCUAUGGCUCAAACUCCAGAAUCCAGCCGCAUUAUCUCGGGACAAACUAGCACGACUUCUCGUUCUCCUGGGCCUUAACGCCAAAGCCCAGGCUCUUUCCAUAUAUCAUACAGUAUCCCAUAAAGAGACGUAG